GUUGGCCCUUUGCUCGGCACAGGAAAAGCCGGCUGUGACUGAAGCCCGGCGUAUCACAGUUCUGCGAGGUGUGGCAGAUUUUGUUGGCCUGAUCUAAAGCCAAUAUUGGCCGUUCCCAAUGUCAAAUGGAGUAGAAAGCCAGUUCGCUCCCCACACUGGCAAGGAUCACGCGACAAGGUCGCUGCGUUCAGAGCAUGUAUGCGGGAUCAUCGGAGCAAGCAAGCCAUGCAAGCAAGCCAUGUUUCCAUUACUGUGUAAUGGGCAUGCCUGGGGCCUAGUCGACAUUCAAAAUCAUGGCCACAUACCUCGAUGCAGAUGAAGGACUAUUUGAGAUUGCCGAGGCAUUCUUUAUCACAGUCCUGGGCUUAUGGCCAUUUCCCCUAUUCUUUAGAUUGAGCUCCUCGAUUCGUCUACCUCUCAUUGCUUGUCGUAUCCUAGGCUUUGGCCUAAACCAACCAUCCGGGGUUGUGUCCGCCAAUAGGCAAAGUAUCACGACCCGGAGCGGAAGACCUGAAGGCAAUCAGCUCUGUUUGGGUGUGUAUGUACGUCUAAAGAGAGAAGAGAGCGGGGAGCUCGAGCUAAGUACAGGGUGCCACGCUAGGGUCAGGUCAUGUGACGCUGACGUCACAACACAAAGAACCAUCGCCACAUGCUCUUGUGAGAAAGCACAAGUGGUUUGUAGAUAACUUCAGAGAUGCUCUCAAACUCACCACAACCGGGAACCUCUCUCUCGUA